UGACCAAACAGCUACUUAUUUGUCGUACCAGGUGCUCCAGCAGCUCGAGGAGGAGGAGUUGAUGGAGGAGUGCCUGGAGGCGAUGCUGGAGGAGGAGAGGCAGCACGAGAGGAACCAGGCGUCGAGCGCCUGGGCGAACGCCUGCGCGAGCGCCGAGAACAACGGGGCCGAGCUCUGCCAGCAGCUCAACAGCCUACGGGUGCACGACGACAUUGCCAAACAGAGCACAUUGAACCCAAACGCAGCAGAGUUCGUGCCGGCCUUCAAAGUGACAACGACGCCAGAAAUCAGCGCAAAGUCAUCGUAGAGGCCCUCCCCCUUCCCGCCAUCGUUCCACCAAACUCCCUCGUCUGAUGAGUAGCUCACCAGACCCUCCUCUAUACUCAACCCGUGCAACAUGCAAGACUAUAUCGAUAACACGCUCUGUAACCCUACCCCGCCCCUUCCCAUCCCAUCCCGCCCCCCAACCUUUUGAUUCUUUUUUCCGAUGCCCACCUAACGUUAUUAUAAAUAUAAUCAACUAAGGCGCGACGACGACAAUUGCGUGGGAGAAGCAACGUAUCGUUUGUAGGCGCCGCCAGGCCGUUGUAUACUAUGCAUACAGUGUAAGGUUAUCAAUUAAUUAAUUAUACAUGCUCUACGUAACCGUAAAAAAAAAAUAAAAUAAAUUAUUU